AUGGCGUUCGACGAUCUUCUAGUCCGCAACGACGCGCAGAGGUUGGGCGUCAAUGCCUCAAUCGACUGGAUCCGACAAUGCAUCGCCCACGCCCAAAACCAAGGCACGCCCGAUAACAACCUCGCCUCCUUCAUCUUCGACAUGUAUCUCCUUGCCGAUUUCCGGACCCUCUCCCCAAAGUCGCUACUCCCCACCGCCACCCAAACCCCCCACAAACAAGUUUUGUUCAACGAGAGCGGACACAAGGAUCCACUCGGAAGAGAAAAAGGGGGCGGGGCUAUACUGCAGAUUAUCGAGAUUCAGGAUAUUGGCGUCAGUUCACUCAAGAUCCUGGAGGCCUGUGAUGCAGCCGGUGUUGCUGGAGAUGAGCCUGGUGGGCUUCAGGUCGGAAAGUCUUUGCCGCAGGGAAAUCUCAGUCUGGAUUUGACUGAUGGUACACGCUUGAUCCGAGCGGUUCUGUUGGAACCUAUCUUUGGGAUCGCUAUGGAGAUGAUGCUCGGCGCCAAGAUCAGGGUCAGGAAUGCCGACAUUCGACACGGGAUGCUGAUGUUGUCGCCUAAGAACACCUUUCUCCUUGGAGGCGAGGUCGCUUCAAUGAACGAGUAUCCACGGCGUCUCGUAAUCAUGAACCAGAUGAAAAAGCGGCUUGGUCUUCCUAUGGAUGCGAUCCCAGGACUGAACCAAAAUGGCGCAAACUCUGCUCCAGCGACGCCAACGACAGGAAGGCCGUCCGCAAAUAACACUAUAUCAUUAAUUAAUAACGCCAACAACAACGGCAAUGGCACUAUCACAAUCAAUAACAGCAGUACUGGCGCCAACACUGGAUGGAAGAACUCUCAACCCGCAGUGAGCGCACAGGACGCUGUUCCUUCCAGAACACUAUCGACUCCAACAACCCAACAGCCUUCAUCCAGUACGUCCAGCACAAGCGCUAAUAAGGACGUCCCCUACAACCCUUGGAAGGCACUCCAAAAGACCCACAACUCUCCACCACCGGCAUCACCACCACGUGCGACGGAUGAGGAUAGCGGGACGGCAUAUGAAGACGAGUACCUACGAAUGCAGAGGGAGCAGGAACCCGCGUGGGAUUAUCAUCAGGAUCUGGAGUUUGACAACAUGGAUGUGCAUGUCGAUGAUGGUGGAUGGGAUGUCAUGUCACAGUUAUCGAUGAACGGAGAUGGGUCGAGCAAGACACUUACCACCGCCAAGAGUAACGAUAACAGUCCGCCUCUGAUCGCGACUUUGUCACCUUCCAGACGUACAUCUUUUGGUCGCAAGAACCUCAGUCUACGCGCUCCACAAUCGCAGGAUAGAGACAAGGCCAAAGGAGAAUGGGAAGUUGAUCGGUUACCCAAGAGCAAGAUCAAUACUGGCGCCAGGAGCAGCAGUCAAGGCAACGAUGGAUCUGAUGAGCAUGCUGACGCCGGCCCUUCUUCAUCUGGGACGAGCGAGCACAUGACAGAAUAUCGUCAAAAGUUGGAGGAGCAAAGGGUGAAGUUGGAGAAACGGACAAUUCGAACGCCAGACUACGACGUCGUUGAUCAGGAUCAUCAAAAUCCAUUCCAUGAUCAGAAUCAGGAGCCGUCAGACGAAGGACCGAUGGAGCGCAAGAAGAGAAGGACCUCGCCGGACAGCAGGAGCUCUCCAGAUCGAGACCAUUAUCCAAGCAGGCGGCGGUCCCAGUCGUUUUCGACAUCUCAUUGGAACGACGAGACCAAGGUGGACAUCAAAGUGGAGCGUGAUACCUUUGAGGCAUUGAACAAGCCAGACGAUGAUAUGCUAUUGGAUACUGACAAGGACGACAACGGAGUGGAGUCGGCCGAGGACAUGAGCAGACAGGAGACAGGGACCGUUCGAUCUAUGUCGCCUGCUAUCAAGAUUAAACUCGAGAAUGCUGAGACUGGAGCCAGCCACGCUGUGAUCGACCUCCUGUCGGACGACGACGACGGCGAUGACAAUAGUAUGGCCCCUAGCUACGAGUCUAGCUCACAGAGUGUGCAGGUCAAACAAGAGCCAGGCGAGGGUUCCAGUUUGCAACGGAAGAGAGCGCCUGUACAAUGGGCACCGGUCAAGCAGGAGGAGACCUUGUUGGAGUUUGAGAUGGACGACGAAGACGACUUUGGAGGCCUUGCCGAGGUUAUACCCAUCAUCACUCUGGUUGAGCUUACACGAGUUGAGCAUAAUGUCCGCAGUGGCCGAGAAGUCAGAGCAAAGGCGCGCCUCCAUAAACUGGGCAAGUUCUCGCUCACGACUAUGUCUGCCUCGAUACCCAUUACUCUCUUGCCUGUGGAUCCAGCCGAGUCGACCAUUGACUAUCCGUCUUUAGAAGAUGAUGCUUUCAAGCUAGAGUCUGUCCUCGAACAGCGCGUUGUCGAAACGUUUCUUCAAUACUCGAUCGAAGAGUUCCGAAGUCUUGUUCGUAUCAACGAAGCCGAAGCCAAACUCGCGGUGAAGAAUCUGAGGACGACGCUGUUGGACGUAGAGUUGGUCGAAUGCCACUUCAAGGGCCUUCGGAGUGGCAUCCCCGUCAUCCGCGAACUAACAGUGAUAUCCAAAAAGCGCAAGUAA